AUGUCCAGCCCCUCUGACGGCUCUAACUGGACCCCCCUCUACGUAAUCCUCGCCCUAAUCCCGCUCGUCUUCCUCGCCGUAGUCCUCUACUCCCGGUGGCAGGACCGCAGGAAUGCCGCGACCUACAACCUCGAGGCUCUCGAGCGCGUACAUCGCGAGCGGCACUGGGGCCAACACAAUGACAUCGGCCCACCGUGCGUGCCGGGAUGGUUCGCCGAGACGGCCAAGAAGAAAGCUCCCAAUAGCGUCAAUGCUGCGGCUACGACGCGGGUGACGCAGCAAGCUACCACAAGGCCUCCGGUGGCUGGUCCGGCUUUCCGAUAG